AUGAUGCCUGUCGGCGUUUCCCCCUUUUGGCAGAGCGCUUUCCCGACGCUGACGCUGCUGAUGGCGUUGGUGGUAGCGUCGGCGUGGUACGGAGCGGUGCGGAUCGCUUCAGGAAAACCGGUGAUUGAGUCGCGAGGUCGGCGCCGUGUGCCGUGGGGCGCUGAGAGCUCGGUGCUUGCGGCGAUCAUGCUCCUCGGCUCUCUUGCCAGCCUGCUUCCUCGUUCUGAAACCUACGAGUCGCCAAAGAUCGACCUAACGUCGGCAGCCGGCCUCGGCUUGACGUGGUUUUUGAUGGCUGGCUUCGUGAUUCUGUGGAUUCGGGUUACCUACUCCACGAAGUGGAGCGACUUUGGAUUGCCUCGCUCGGCCGCCGAGGCCGGCCGCGACGUGGUGCUCGGCGUAGGGGCGUGCUUGGCGAUGCUCGUGCCCGUUUAUGUGGUUCAACUACUGCUAGUGAUGGUGAUCGGUUUGCCGUCGAGCCAUCCAACCAUUGAGCAACUCCUCACCAACCCAACGUUGGAAACAAUCGUCGCCGCCGCGUUGAUGGCGGUGGUGAUCGCGCCGCUGUUCGAGGAGCUGGCGUUCCGUGUUCUGCUGCAAGGUUGGCUCGAGCGGAUCGGCGGACGCCGGGCGUGGUGGCCGGUCUUCGUCAGUGCGGCGCUGUUCGCCCUGGCGCACUCGGGUCAGGGGUGGGCGCCCGUGCCACUGGCGGUGCUCGCCGCGGGGAUCGGGUACGUUUAUCGGCAGACACACCGGCUCGUGCCGAUCGUCGCGAUGCACAUGGCGUUCAACGCCCUGGGGCUCGCCAUGGCGAUCGCGACGGGAGGGCAAGCCGACGUCGUUCCGCCGCCGGCGGCAGCCGAGGGCGUCGUGAUCCGCGUCCGCGCCCAGCCGGGCGCCCGCCGCAACGGCGUGACGGGCGUGCGCGAAGCGGAGUUGUGCGUCGCGGUGACGGCGCCCCCCGACAAGGGACGCGCGAACGACGCGAUCGUUAAGGUCGUAGCAAAAUCCAUCGGCGUGCCCCGCACCCGGGUCAAGAUUCUCAGCGGCGAGACGAACCGUCAUAAGCGGGUGGCGGUCGAUGGCGUGACGGUGGUGGGCGUCGUCGAUGCGUUGCGCGCGGCAAUUGGUCCCGCGACGGGGCGCCGCGUUGCUGGUUUGAAGAUUGCCGCCUACGAUCAUUGCUCUCGAACGAUACGCCACUGCCUCCCUCCUGACGGCUCCCUCGCCCGCCCGCCGAUGACUCACCGAUUGGUCCGAUUGGGCCGUUUCACGUUCCUGGUGCUGCUGACGCUAGUGGCUUGCGGCGUCAUGUGGUGGUCGAGCCGCAAGACCGACGAGGCCGACGCCAUCGCCGCCGCGGCCGACGUGGCGCCGCCGGCGUUGGCGGCCCAGCCGCGGACGCUAGUGCAGGCCCUAGCCGUCGAGCCGGCGGUGCACGACGUGGUGGUCCGCUACAGCGGCAAGAUCCAGGCGUGGGAAACGUACUCGCUAGGCUUCGAGGUCGCCGGCCGCGUGGCGUCGCUCGGGAAGAACGCCCAGGGGGAACCGCUCGACGACGGCGACCGGGUCGAGAAGGGCCAGCUGCUCGCGCGGCUCGAUGACCGCAUCUUCCGGGCGCGGGUUGCCGAGGCGGUCGCGAACUUCGAGAUGGCGGCUUCCGAUGUCGAACGCGGCCGGCGGGCGCGCGACGUGAUCACCGAGGCCGAGUUCCAAACCUUGGUCACCUCCCGGGCCCAGUCGCAGGCCGCCCAGGAGAUCGCGGAGAAGAACCUCGACGACUCGCUGCUGACUUCGCCGAUCAACGCCACGAUCGCGCGGCGGAUGGUCGAGGCGGGCGAAACCGUCGCCGCCAACGAGGUCGUUUACGAACUCGUCGAGAACGAUCGCCUGCGACUGGUGGUCAACAUCCCCGAAGCGCGGGUGCGGGAGCUUGAACUACGCCGCCGGCAAGUCGCCGAAGCGCAGGCAAGCGGCAGCUCUGAUCCGGAGGGGGGCGUGUUCCGCGCCCGAGUCCAGCUCGAAGGCAAGGACCUCUAUGGCAAGCAAUGGGCGCCGAUCGACGCGGAGGUCUACCGCAUCGCCGAGCGGGCCGACCCGGCGACGGGGCUCUUCGAGGUCGAGGUGGCGAUCGACAACCGUGCCGGCCUGAUGCGCCCCGGCAUGGUCGCGACCGCGGGCAUCGUCACCGACCGGGUUCUCGCCUAUGCGGCGCCCGAGGCGGCCGUGCUGUUUCGGCAGGGACAGACGUACCUCUACACGAUUGAAGAUGACCCCGCCGCGAUGCCCGUGAUGUUCUGGGAAGUCGGCGAGUCGCAAGUGCAACGAGCGCGGCGGGUCGAACUGUCGCGCUGGAUCGACCAGGGCGAGACCAUCCUGCUGCCGGUGGACGCGGUGGACCUGUCGGCAGUCGUCGUACGCGGGCAGGAACGCCUGCGUGAUGGGCAGUUGGUGAGGAUGGUGGAACCGAAGGACGCCGGCGCCGAGAUCACCCGAGCCAGCGCCACGACAGACAAGCAGCGACUGUAG